CUGGCUGCCUCGCUUCUCUCUGUCUAUUCAUCGUUCUCACUCACACUACAACCACCAUGAGCGUCAAUAUGAGCUACUCUGUUCGUUCCUCCCAGGGGCCCAUCCAGCGUAGCUCAGUAAUGCCUGCUUACCGUGCUGCCAGCAUCUAUGGUGGGGCCGGUGGCCAGGGCACCCGCAUCUCAUCAGCCUCCUAUUCCAGCCUGCAGAGUGGUCUGGGAGGCCCAGCCUCAUCCCUGUCCAGCUCCUUCCAGGUGACAGGGGCCACUGGAGAGAUCAUGGGUAACGAGAAGAUGGCCAUGCAGAACCUCAACGACCGCCUGGCCUCUUACCUGGACAAGGUGAGGUCCCUGGAGAAGGCCAACAGCAAGUUGGAGAUUCAGAUCCGUGAGGCUCUGGAGAAACGAGGCCCUGAUGUACGUGACUACAGCCGCUACCAGGCUAUCCUUGAUGACCUGCGCAAGAAGGUGUUUGAUGCUACUGUGAAUAACGCCCGCCUCGUGCUCCAGAUUGACAAUGCCCGUCUGGCAGCUGAUGACUUCAGAGUAAAGUAUGAGUCUGAGCUGUCAAUCCGCCAGUCAGUGGAGGCUGAUAUUGUUGGUUUGAGGAAGGUCAUUGAUGAUACCAAUAUCAGUCGAUUGAACCUGGAGAGUGAGAUCGAGGCCCUCAAGGAAGAGCUCAUCUACCUCAAGAAGAACCAUGACAACGAUGUAAUGGACCUGCACAACCAGAUUGCACAGUCAGGAGUGCAGGUGGAUGUGGACGCUCCUAAGGGACAGGACCUGGCUCAGAUCAUGGCAGAGAUUAGAGCCAAGUAUGAGAAAAUUGCACAGAAGAACGCAGAGGAUCUCAAAGCCUGGCAUGAAACACAGAUCCAGGAAGUUCAGGUACAAGUCACACAGAACACAGAAGCCCUUCAGGGUGCCAGAACAGAAGUCAACGACCUCCGCAGACAGCUCCAAACUCUAGAGAUUGAGCUUGAGUCACAGAAGAGUCUGAAAGCUUCACUGGAAGGCACACUGCGUGACACAGAGAUGCACUACAACAUGGAGAUCGAGAACCUCAAUGGCAUCAUUGUGCAGCUGGAGGCUGAGCUGAUGCAGCUCCGCAACAACAUCCAGCAGCAGAGCCAGGAGUACGAAGCUCUCCUUAACAUUAAGAUGAAGUUGGAGGCCGAGAUCGCCACCUACAGAAGACUCCUGGAUGGCGAAGACUUCAAGCUCGAGGAUGCUGUUGAUGAGCAGAAAAAGGUGAAAGUAAUGACCGUCACGCAGACACUGGUGGAUGGAAAGGUAGUCUCCUCAACUACAGAGACCAAGGAAAGGAAGGUUUAAUCUACCAUGCAGCAUUACCAGCACAACACAAACUACCCACAGUCUAAUACUGUAAACCAUCUACUCAGUGGUUGGUGCAAAAAUGUAUUUAUUGCCCCCAGAGUGCCUUACUUCAUAAAAUUCAUUUGUGUUAACAGGCAUUUUACAUUUGAAUUAUGCAAUUAAUUUAAUUGUCAGCAUUGCUUAAACAACGAUAACUUAAGCCAAUCUUUGUUAAGUAACAGCUAUUUAUUGAAAUGUUUGUGGUUGUGUUGUUUCCAUCCUGUCUGGUCAACUGGUUUCAAUAAACUCAAUGUACCAAAUA